AUGAAUCUGAAUAAUUUUAAUACUAUUAAUCAAAGUCCAAAUCCCGUUACAAAAAUUAAUGAUAUUUUAAAUUAUGUAAAUAACUUGCAAGAUCUUGAAUUAAUUCUCAACCCACCUUAUCAACUCACACUUAGUCUUGACUCUUUACUUUUACCAGCUCGUAUAAAUCACAGAAAUCGUAAAAAUAAAAUUAAUAAGAUUCCUAGACCACAAAAUGCUUGGAUCUUAUUUAGAAAAGAUUAUGAAGCAAAUAAACGGAUUAAAUUUCCAGAUCAAUUAUUUAAAAUGAAGACGAUCUCUAUCAAUGCUGGUGAUGAAUGGAAAAUUCAAUCAUCUCAAGUCAAGAGAUAUUUUGAAAUUCUUUCUAAAUUGGCUCUCGAAAAACAUAAAAUUAUAUAUCCAGAUUAUAAAUAUACUCCCAAAAGAAGAUCGAACAGUAAUAAAGAUUUGGUUUUUCAUAAAACUUUAGUUCUAGGCGAAGACAAUCAAAUCAACAAAAUUAAUCAAGAUGAUGAUUAUUACGAGUUUUCCACUACUAAUACUUCAUCUAUUACAUCACAAAAUACUUUUACUGAAUUUAAUAAUGAAUUUUUUGAAGUCGACACUUCACAUCAACCCGAACAUUAUAACAAUUCUAACGAAUUUAAUAAUUCAUAUAAUUUAGUUCUAGGCGAAGACAAUCAAAUCAACAAAAUUAAUCAAGACGAUAAUUAUUACGAGUUUUCCACUACUACUACUUCACCUAUUGCAUCACAAAAUUUUACUGAAUUAAAUAAUGAAUUUUCUGAAAUCGACACUUCACAUCAACCCGAACAUUAUAACGGUCGUAACGAUCAUCAUUUGUUUAUGCCACACACUUCUAGGCGAAGACAAUCAAAUCAACAAAGAUGA